AAAUGAACUGAAUUCAUGGUUGUUUACAAAACAAUUCGAUGCAAUUUUACAUUUACGCAGCAUUUCAACAUGUAUCACUAACUCUUUUAAAAAGUAUUAAUCUCUUACAUCUCGAGAAUGGUUACCGAAAAUGGUUUCAGCUCAAUAUUUGAUUAUAGUUCUCCUUUUCAGUAUGGUCCUGUCGGUGUGAAUAUGAAAUCAUAUAAUAAAAGAAAUUAUAAAUCAGUUUUCUCAUAUCAUGCUGUCUCUAUAUCAUCUGAUGAAGAGAAUGAUAGAGACAUGAAAGAACCUCUAUCGUCUGCUGUUCUAAGAAGUAUUAUUGUGUUUUUCCUUUAUUUGCUUGCUUUAAUAUCUUUCCCAUUUUCACUCUGGAUAUGCAUAAAGAGGAUUAGUUCAUUGGAGCGUAUUGUUCUUAUGAGACUUGGGAAACUUCAACCAAUUAAAGGACCAGGCUUUGCAUUUAUUUUGCCUUGUGUUGACAAAUGGACUAAAGUUGAUUUGAGACCUCAGAGUUUCGAUGUUUCUACAUCUCAAUUAUUAACUGCUGAUGGAGGAAUAGUGGAAGUCCAAAGCGAUAUUGAGUUCAGGGUUUCAGAUGUAACUAGUUAUGUUUUGAAACUUCACCAUCAUGAAAAUACUUUAAAGGAAUUAGGGUUGCUUUGUUUGAAAAACAUUAUUUCUGAGGAAGAUUUAGAAGAUCUGGAAACUAAAAGAGAUCUUAUUUGUUGCAAAAUAAAGGAUGAGCUGAAUCGAAGUGUCAUAAAUUGGGGACUUGAAGUUGUGCAUGUAUAUCUGCACUCUGUAAAAGUUUUAAAAGCAGCAGAACCUGUAGAUGCAAUUGGUACUUUAAUGACAGCACUGAAAGCUGCUACAGGUAACUCAUCUGAGCAUACAGCUGCCAUGUUUCCUCUCAUUCCAGAGUUAGCUGAAAAAAAUUCUGGUCAAGAAAUUAACAAAAAUGAACAGAAUGUCACAAAAACUCAGCUGCAGCCUGAGUAUUGUGUGACUGCAAUCAAAACGCUUGCCGCUCUUGCUGAGAAAGAAGGGUAUGUCAAAGAUCUGAGUGCCAAAUUUAGAUUUGACAUUGUGGGUCGAUCCACUUCAAGACUUUUAAUCUCAUUUGAUAAAGGGCACAUUUCUGUUUUUGAAAAUGUUGAGAGUUCUAAGCAAUCAGAUGUUCAACUCAUGCUUACUGAAGACAAUUUAAGGGAUUUUUUGAAUGGUGAAGUCUCACCUCUUGAAGCUUAUAUGGAUGGGAAGGUGAUGGUAACUGGUGAUUGGAGUCUUUUGAGAUCACUUGCAAAGGUUUUUGAUUUAUGUCGACCUAAGAGUCAAAGCACAUGAGUUUGUUGUUUUCAUUUUGUUGUUAUUUUAGUCAUUAAUGCCAUUGUACAUAUUCUCUGUAUUUUUGCUUAAUAUACAAGAACAAAAGAAUGCAUCAUCUGUCUAAAGUAUUGUAAAGUUAGAUGAUUAUUUUUAUGAUUGUUACAAUUUUAUAUGCAUUAUUUUCUAGUCAUGUUCACUUGUAUAGUUUUGUUUAAUGUUCACUGCUUAAAAGAUUUAAACUUUUUUUCCUUGAGUUUGUGGAUAGCUUCAUAGGGGGGGGGGGGAUCUUGAAUAUAUAUUCUGUUUGUUAGUCAUCUAAAAGUUUCUUUUCUUUUUUUUUAUUUAUAAAUUUUUAGAUUUACCGAUAAAAGGUGUAAAAUUGCCAUAUUUUUUAUAAAUUUUUUUUUACACGUAAGUUAUUAGAUUAGAAUUAAAUAAUAUGUUAAUGAAAUGAAAAAAUGUGUACUAAUGUUUUUAUUAACUAAUGCAUAUUAAAAUUUUACUAUAAUAGCUAUUUGUUAUAGGGGUUGUGAUUAUGUAACUUUAAUUUUCUUCUAUUUUUCUAUUCCUACUAUUUGCUCACUCUCUCGCUAUAUAUAUAUAUUUUCGAAUUCUCAAUCGUUAAUAAAAUACUUUUUAUUCAUCCACUCAAGUUCAAAUACAUUUUUUUAAACACUUGUAGUGGAUGACACUUGAUGUUAAUACAGUUUUUUUUCCAAAUAUUAAUUAAUUAAUUAAAUUUGUUCAGUAAUUACUAUUUGGUCGCCAAAGUCACCAAAUCCAUCGCCAUGUUGCCAAGUUUGUCGCUAAGCUCUAUUUUGCCACUUAAUAUUGUGAUUCUGUCAUAUGUAUAUACAUAUUUAUAUUAAUUGUAAUUAUUUAAUGAAAAGUAAUUAAAAUAAAAAAAAUGUUGGCGUAAGCAGAAAUUAACUUAAAUGCUUUUUUAUAUAUUGCAUGUUAAUUACUGUUAACUGAUAUAAAUUUUGAUACUUUAAUGAUAAUUGGAAUGUUUAAAACAUUUUUUAUCAGAGAGUACCUGUCAGAAAAUAUGAAAAUUUUUAGUGCCUCAUCAGUAAUUUCAUGUUACUUACACACACAUAUAUAUAUAUAUAUAUAUUAGUAUAAGUUAGCAUUUGCUGCUUUUAAAUGUGAAAUUUUUGCAUUCUAAAUUUGCAAAACACAGAUUGUUCUCUCUAAUCUAUCUGUCUUAUUUUUUUUAUUAUUAUUCAUUAUAAUUUUAAUUUUUAAUUUUUUUAUAUGAUCAACCAAAAUGAAUAAUCUUUUAAAAAUAUCUUGUUGUCUUUUAAUUAUAUAUUGUUUUAAAAGUGAAUGCAUAAUCAGCUUUCUAAACAUGAAGUGCAUGUUUCUUAAAUAUAAUUGUUUUGAAUUUUAUGCAAUAUUAUUAUUGUAAUUAUUAUAAUAGUUUUUUUCUCACUUGAAGAUAAAAAAAAAGCGAGUUAGCAUAAGGCACAUGCUCCGAGUUUUGUCAGCAUGCUAACACUGUUGUUGGUCUGUUCCUUUGUAAUAGUUUCUAUUAUUUUUUCAGCUUUAUUGUGUGAGUAUGCCAUUAUGGUACAAAGAAAGAAUGAUUUAUUUGAUUAGUUAUAAUUUUGAAAUUAUAAGAGUGUUUCAUUUACUCUUUCUUUAAGAAUUUUGCUUAAAAUGCAGGUAUUAAAUAUUAAAAAUGGAUAUGCUAUUGCUAUUCUGAAACAAAGAGUCAUGGUUGUUUCAUGGUUCUCUUUUAUUUAAAUAAUAUAAGAUUCAAUCACUUGUAAUUUACUUUAAUCUUUGAAACUUUCAUAAAACAUCAUUUGCAAAAUUAUACAAAAAAGCUAUGAAUUUUUUCUGUAGUUUAAUUUGUAAUUAGUAUUGUAACUUCUAGUCAUCAAAAUGCAAUGUAAUACUUUGGCACUGAUCUUCAUAUUUUCUGUUCUCUAUUUAUAAAUUUUAUCUCUAAAUAGUCAGUAGAAAAUCUUUAUUUAUUUUUUUCAUUGUUGUAAAUGAGAGGGGACUUGUAUUAUGCCAAAUUUGAUAAUCUUAUUCCUGUAUCCUGUUACAUGAUUCAAAAUUACAUUUUUGAAAUCACCUGUUCAUAAUUAUUAAAUUAUUACUCUUUCUCAGACUUAUAAACCUGAGAUGAGAUAUAUUAAUUUUAAUUUUUAUUUUUAAUCUGAUCUAUAUACAAUCUUUGAACAGAGCAAAAAUUUGCUAUUAAAAGAACAGAAAAUAAACUUAAGACUGUUUGUACGAGAGACAAAACUAAUUUGAGCUUGAUGUUUGAAAUAGUAAUCCAAAAGAUUUGGAAACUUCUGAAAUCAAUGGCUAUGGUUAUAAAUCAUGGGAUAAAAAUCUUUGCUUUCAUAAUUUAUAUUACAAAAUUUCAUUAUUCUUAUUUUUUUAUAUAUAUUUUUAAGGAAUUUGAAAAGUGAUCUGAGAGUUAAUAUUGAGAAUGGGUGAUAUUAGUCUUUCAUUUUCUCAUUAUUUUUCUGAAAAAAAGGGGACGUUGGGAGAAAUUCUGGUAUUAUGCAAGUACUGUUAAAAAUUAAACUCGUCAUUUGUUUAGUACUUUUUCUUGAAAAAUUUUAACCUUGAUAUUUUAUGUUCAGAGUAUUCUCUUGCAAUAAUGACAAGUUGCUGUUUAGUUUUUAUGGUUUAUGCUAGACAUUCAGUCUGGGUAUUAUUGAGUCUUUUACCUUUUUUUAAAAAAAUAUAUGUAACAUUUGCAUAUUUUGCUCAAAGCUGCAAUAUUAUGCCAAAUACUGCGAGUAUCCUUUUCUACAGUUAUUUAAUUAAAUAUAUAAAUAGGUUAAAACUGACUGCUUUCAGACUUUUUUUUAGAUUUAUAAUAUAUUUACACAUAGAUUUUGCUUUUCAAAGCAAUACUAUUUUCUAAAAUGUUCUGAAAAUUUCUAUAGAUGAAAAGAAAUCUGUAAAUUUUUAUUUGGUGCUGUUUUUUUAUUAUGUGCGUUAUAUUGGUUACUCAUAUUUUUUAUCUAUAUUAUAGCCUUUACUUAUAAAUUAUUAUUUUGGAUAGUGCUGUAAUACAGUUUUAUUGAAGUUUUAAAUUACAAUACAAAUAAUUGUUUUCUCAAAAAUGUUUUUCUCUUUUUGUUGUGCCAUCAGAACAAAAGUAUUUUAUUGUGUCAGUUUUAUUGGGCAGAUUAAUGUAUUCACUCAUAAUUCAUAUAUUUCAUUGCUGUGUAUAUAAAUUGAGUGAAUAAUAAUUAAUAUAUUACUUUUUUAAUUGUAUCUCUCAUACUUCAUCUCAUAAAGUAAAAAUUUGAUACCUUUAGAAUAGAUCAGAUUUCAAAAUCAUUAAAAUUAUAAGUUUUUUUUUACUAUUUUACCCUAGAUUUUAGUAUUAAAAGAUUUCAUAUUGAUUUUGUAAAUUUUUGAAGGUAUGAUUGAUAGUUUUGAUUAUUUAAAUAUUCUGUACUUCCUAUUAUUUUUAAGACAUCCUCUAUUUCUUGAGUGUAUAUCCUACAGAUACGAUUAAGAAUCCAUAGAAACAUUGAAAUAUUUGUCAGCAAAGUAUACAUUUUUGUACCAAAUUAUGAUAUCUUUGAAGUUGAUUGAGUAAUGGUUUAUUUUAGACUAUAAAUUUAAGAUGCAAGAACUUGAUGCAAAGAAAUCAUGACUGAAGUUUUUUUCUUCUUAACAUUACCAUAUAUAAAGUAAUAAAAGUUGAAUGCUAAUUAUUAAGCUUAUUACUACUUUUAUCACAAAUAUAUUAUUUUACAUUGAUGUAUUUGUAAUGAAUGCAAUUAUGAAUUAAAUUUGAAACUAUAUUAACACAUAUUAUGUAUUAUUGUAAUGAUACUUGUGAUUUCAAAAUUUUUAUGAACAUAAAAGGACAAAUUAUAAUAUCUGAGCAUCAUUUAAAAACGUGAUUUUUAUUAUUUACUUUUGUUAGUUGUGAUGAAGAAAUAAUUAAUAAAUGCUUAUGAAGGUAUACACUUAGAUUUCCUUUUAAUUUCAUAAAUAUCAUUGUAUUAUUAAGCAGGUGUGUACAAUAUGGUAAGUAGUUCAUAGCCAAUGUCCCCAAUUAAAAAAUGAAAUUUGAAACUAAACAAAACAAAAUUGAAUGUAACGAAUUUAUUUAUUGCAUAUUAUCUUUUAUUAAUUCAAAAUUUACCACUUUUUUUUUGUAAUGGAUGUUUAACUAUUUUGAAAACGUUUUAAGUGAAAUUGAUUCAAAUAGUCCAAAAUAAGUUUAAUGCAUUUAUUUUUGAAGCAAAUUAAAAUAUUUUUUUAAAUUUAAUAGUAUUUUAGUCCUAAAGUUUUCUUUGAUAAUAUUCAAAUAUAGGAAUUUGUCCAUGCAAUUGGAAUCGGAUUUGAGUUUGCUCACGAGAAAAUUCAUUUCCCAAAUACAUUUGAAAUAAUUUGAUAAUAAAGUUUAGGGACCAGAAGUCGGAUUUCAUUAGCCAAGUAUUUAAUCUUUGUGCUAAUUAACCUGCUGCUUUUAUGGUAUGGAAGUUUGAAAGUGUGAUACAGGCUCAACACUGGCUUCAUCAUCUUACCACAUUUAAAAAUAAAGAUGUUUAUAUGAUUAUUCCUUCAAAAAGGCAAGCUGAUUUUAAUUCGUUAAAGCAGUUAUAUUUAGUACUGCAGUUUAAUUUCAUUAAUGUUUUGCUGUAAAAAUGAUAGAGAAGUAUAUAUUAAUUUAUUUUGAUUUUCCCAUUCAGUUUUAAGUAUUGGAUAUUUAGCAUGGUAGUGGAGAGCUUAAAUGUAUUCAUAUUAUCAAAACAACAUAAUAUUUUUGUGAUAUUAUAAAAAAAUUCAUGGAAUAUGUAUUGGAAUUUUCUCUAAUUAAAAAUUAAUGAACAUUUUAAUAAUAAAUCUGAUUUAGUUUUUAAUUGUGAAUAGAUACCUAUUUUAGUAUAAAGUUACAACUUGCUUUUUUAAAAGUAUUGUUUUACAUUAAUUUGGAAAUCUUAAGUAUAUAUUUCUUUAAUAUAUAUAACAAUUUUUCUCCUUUCACAUAUCAGUUAACAGUGCAGUUUGUUGUCCUAACCAUAUAAUGAAUAAUACAAUCAUACAACUGGAAAACUGAUUUAAUAUGUUCAAUUAUAUGUAAUUCUUCUUAUGUAAGAACAUAUAAAAAGAAUUAUGUAUUUUUAACAGCUUAAAAGUGAUCUAAAAUUACAAUAUAUUACAUUUCCAUUGGCUUAGUUAAUAAUGAAUAAAAAUUACUUACAAAAUGUUGGUUUCUGGUUCAAUAAUUACACUCUAUUAAUGGUAUGGCUUUCAGUUACCUGUUACCUUUCAUUUGAUAUUUUUUUGUGUUUUCAAGUUUAUGUAAAAACGAACAUAAGAAUUAGACAAUUAUGAA